CAAUUGGCAUCUUUUACAUACCAAACUUUCCAUCUUGGAACACUUCCUUUAAUAUCAACACGCUUAGCACGAAGGCUUCUUGAGUUUCUUCAUCCCAUCGUGUGAGGUAACAGUUAUGGCACCUAAAAACAUCAACGUCUUUGUUACCACCUUUUCAGGCUUAGGCCUGCCUCCUACUCUGUCAUUCCCCGUUCCUCCGACCACCACUUUCUCCGACCUCCACGAUCGCAUUGAAGGCCGAUUGCCCCAGACAGAUGCGCGACUCAUCCUAACAACUGUUUCAAACAAGCAACUACUUCACAGUUCCGAUGAGCUAGUAUCUAAUCUCUGCGGUGGCGACGAUGCUUUUGUAUCCCUCCGAUUAUCGAUUCCGUUAUGUGGUGGCAAAGGUGGUUUCGGCUCCCAGCUUCGAGCAGCUGGUGGCCGAAUGUCUUCAAAGAAGAAGAAGAACCGCGGAGAUGAGAACGGAUCUAGUAGAAACCUCGAUGGACGUCGACUGCGCACAGUCAACGAGGCUAAGUCGUUAGCUGAGUUCCUAGCGAUCAAGCCUGAGAUGGAACAGAAAGAGAAGGAGAAGCGACGCGCAAGGUGGCAGCAAAUCGUUGACCUUGCAGACCAAAAAGAGCACGAGAUUAAGAACAACACGAAGGGUCGACUGGACGGCAAGUGGGUGGAGGACAAGGAAGAGGCUGCCGAACGAACUCGCGAGGCAGUUCUCGCUGCUGUGAAGGCGGGAAACUAUAAGGACAAUCUCCUUAGCACAUCGCAUGGCUCUACCUCUACGGAAUCCAUGGAAGAGGGCUUCUCUAGUGGGGGAGACGAAUCCGAGGAGGCUAGUAGCUCUAAAGCUACGAAAUCGGCGGCGAAAGCAACAUCGAAGAAGCCAGCCACUGGAGUAUUCGCCGGUUUUGACGAAGACGACGAGUUCAUGAGUUCCUCGGAUGAGGAGGACAGCAAAUAAGACGACACUG